GGGGCUGGGCCGCAGGGGCUGUUGGAGCCGGGGCGCCCCUUGCCCCGCGCGGCCUUGCCAGCGCUGCCGGCGGAAGGCGGGGGGAUGCCUCACAGAACUGAGUUGUAUCAGGAUGUUCCAUCAGCAUGCUGGCCUAUCGUGUAUUCUCCAGACUACAACAUCACAUUUAUGGGACUUGAGAAACUGCAUCCUUUUGAUGCAGGGAAAUGGGGAAAAGUAAUCAAUUUCUUAAAAGAAGAAAAACUAGUUGUGGAUGACUUGAUUGUACAGGCACGAGAAGCUACUGAAGAUGAUCUCUUGGUUGUUCACACAAGGCGCUACCUUAAUAAAUUAAAGUGGUCAUUUGUUGUGGCUACAAUUACAGAAAUUCCACCAGUUCUCUUUCUUCCCAAUUUUCUUGUUCAGAGAAAGGUUUUGAAACCUCUACGGACCCAAACAGGAGGAACAAUAAUGGCUGGAAAACUUGCUGUUGAUAGAGGCUGGGCAAUCAAUGUGGGGGGUGGCUUUCAUCACUGUUCAAGUGACAAAGGUGGAGGAUUUUGUGCAUAUGCUGAUAUCACACUGGCUAUUAAGUUCUUAUUUGAAAGAGUGCAAGGAGUGUCUAAAGCCACAAUUAUUGAUCUGGAUGCCCAUCAGGGAAAUGGCCAUGAGAGGGACUUCAUGGAUGAUAAUAGAGUAUAUAUUAUGGAUGUGUACAAUAGAUACAUUUAUCCAGGGGAUGGAUUUGCUAAACGUGCCAUAAAACGCAAGGUGGAAUUAGAGUGGGGUACAGAGGACAUAGAAUAUCUUCAGAAGGUACAAACUCAUGUGGAAGGCGCAUUAAAUGAAUUAAAACCUGACAUCGUUGUUUAUAACGCUGGAACUGAUAUUCUAGAUGGUGAUCCAUUGGGAGGACUUGCUAUUUCACCUCAGGGAAUUGUGAAGCGAGAUGAAGUAGUAUUCAAAGCUGCCAGAAGCCGCAGAAUUCCGAUCUUGAUGGUGACGUCUGGAGGCUAUCAGAAGAGGACAGCGCGGAUUAUUGCUGAUUCUAUUCUUAAUUUGCACGACCUGGGGCUUAUUGACAAGGAGCUAGCAACCAGUGGAGCUGAAAAUCCUAAGGUAGAACAGAUGCUUAGAAACUCUAUUGCAGACUUAACCAACUUGUCACUGCAAUGACAAGAUUCUGAAUAUUAGGAAACAACUUACUGUUUCAGGAAUAGGAGACCUGCAUGUCAUUACCAGAGUUAAUAUAACAUAUUCAAAAAAGACUUAACUUGCCUGUAAAUUGACUAAAUGCAAAUAAUAUAUGGUCACAGAAUAACUGUUUAAAUUCUGAACUUAUCUUGAACAAAGGCAACAUAUUCUUAUGAGCUAAUUUAGACUUAAACUGAAGGACACUGUCUUUCUAAUAGAAAAUGUCUGUCUAAUUUAUUAUUAUUAUUGUAGAAAACUUUAAUUAUUAUUGUUAUGGAUAGUCUGUUUAAAGAACUAUGCAGUUGAUAUCCAAAGACCGUCCCAGAUGUAUUUCAGAUGAUAUGGUAGGAGAAAUCUGGACUAAGCCUAACUUGAUCAUUCUUUGUUAAAUAUAUUUUAUUUAUUUAUUUUUUUUGAAAUUGUAAGGAUUAUGUACAGUCUUCAGCUGUCAGUGCUGAAGUUUAUGUGCAAUACUAUGAAAAACUGAUCAGUUGUUUGGCUUUUAAGCUGUAGCCUAUUAGAAAGUUUAAUUUACGUGUUAUUCCUACUGUUGACAGUGACUUAAAUCCUACUUUACAAACAACUUCAGAAAAGGAAUAUGAAAUAUUUGUUGAUAUGCAAAUGACCCCUAAGGGCUCAGCAUUAACAGUCUGUUUUCUGCACCUCUAAAAAUGAGGCCUGCAUAUAAAAGACAAUAGUUGUUAGGCACUGAAAAAUGCAUAAUGAAGAAAUUAGAAUUUGAGAGCUCUGAGAAAUCUUGUAGAAAAUGAAAUUAGCAGAAGUUGAGUACCUGUUGUUGUAAACUGGUACUAACCAGCCUGUGUUGUGUAUAAACCAUCACUGGAGAGUUUCGAAUUUUUUUUUCUAUUAGUGCUACAUUUUUCAUGUGCUCAGACUAUUGGUAGUCAGUUGUAGUCAUAGCUGGUAAUCAAGUGGUUCAUAUUUAGAGUAAAAAACUGUGAAAUUGCUCCAUUAAGCUUAUUUAGUAUAUUUAUAUGAAUUUUUAGGAGCUAUUAUGAUUUGGGAUCAAAACAGUAUAUUCAAGAGCAAAUAUGAGUACAUUUAUUAACAGCAAUGUUUGUUUUUAAGUUAAUGUACUUUGCAUUAGAUACUGUUUGUAGCAUUGAGUCAUAAAUUUACUAAACUGUGUAUUUGUCAGGAGCUUUUUUAAACUUCUAAGCAUUCACUUAUUUGUAGCACAAGUUUCAUGCGAUAAGGUUUGAGCCCUCUUAGAAGGGACACCGGUAUUUUCUUCAUGGUAAUAGAAUCAGUGUAUAAGCCAUUUCAGGAAUGUUUAAAUCUAAUUAGGAUACUUACCUCAGUUAAUGCUAAUUUUGAAAUUGUUAGGGUUUUUGUUUGUUAGGAAGUUGCACAAUUGCUAUAUUUUGCUUUAAAAUAGUUUUGGCAUAUUGCACUAAUCUUGAGUUGCAACACUGUUUUUAAAAAGCACUUUUAAACUUCUCACUGAAUGGGUGGUCGAAGUACUAAUGUUGAGAUUUAUUUUCUAGACUGUAUUAAACGUUGCUGUUCUUUCCUAUAAUUUUUAUAAAAUUAUAAAUUAUAUUUCUAUGAACUAAAACUCUGUAGUAGUGCCAUAUGGUCUUUUCCAAAACACUUUGUGUUAACAUGUUUAUAUUCUUCAUUGGAAAUUAAAAUGAUGUUGCUUGA